GCAGUCACGUAAUGUUCUGUUUACGUCUGUAGUGCAGUGACCCUGCUGCUGCUGCAAAACGAGCCAUUGUACCUGCUUUAAAGCCGAACCUGGGGGGAUGUGACCGGAUAUUUGAGACACUUGAGAGUGUGAGGAGUUCCAGAGUGACAUGUCAGAGUCACCAUGGAUUACCUGUAGUGUAAAGCUUCUCUCUGACUGACAGCAGGAGAGCUAGCAGGGCUCAGUUAGCUUUGGAUCAGCUGUUCUGCACACAGGUAUUAUCCUCUGUGGUUGUUGUUGGUGUGUGUGUAGCUGCUGGAUCUGUGUGUGUUUGCAGUGUGUAGUGUGUGUAGCUGCUGAUGGCUCAUGUGUAGCUGCAGCUCUUACAGUCAUUGCCUCCCAGCGGUGGAAACAGUUCUCAGAUCCUUUAACGGUUCCUGGAGCAGCCUGAGGUCGGGCGGCGCCUCCGGGGGAAACAUGGCUCCCAAAGACAUCAUGACCAACUCUCACGCCAAAUCCAUCCUGAACGCCAUGAACGCUCUGAGGAAGAGCAACACGCUGUGUGACAUCACGCUGAGGGUGAACACGGCCGACUUCCCCGCGCACCGGAUCGUCCUCGCAGCCUGCAGCGACUACUUCUGCGCCAUGUUCACCAGCGAGCUGGCAGAGAAGGGGAAGUCCUUCGUUGAUAUCCAGGGUCUGACAGCAUCUACGAUGGAGAUUCUUCUGGACUUCGUGUACACGGAGACUGUUCUGGUGACGGUGGAGAACGUUCAGGAGCUGCUGCCGGCCGCGUGCUUACUGCAGCUCAAAGGUGCGUUCAGGUGCAUCCACUCAAAGGUGCGUUCAGGUGCAUCCACUCAAAGGUGCGUUCAGGUGCAUCCACUCAAAGGUGCGUUCAGGUGCAUCCACUAUAAGGGGCGUUCAGGUGCAUCCAUUCAAAGGUGCGUUCAGGUGCUUCCACUCAAAG